AGGCCACGCCCAGUUCUUCCGUCCGGUCUCUCGUCAAAGCAUCCGGUAGCGCCACGAGGGCAGCAUGGCAGGCGGCGAGUUGCGGGCAGCACUGGAGCAGCGCCUCGAAGCCCUGGCCAUCCGCACGGAGGUCGUGGAGCACCCGGAGGUGUUUACAGUUGAAGAAAUGAUGCCUCAUAUCCAACAUUUGAAAGGAGCACAUAGUAAGAACUUAUUUCUUAAAGACAAAAAGAAAAAAGGCUAUUGGCUGGUGACAGUUCUUCACGAUAGACAAAUUAAUUUAAAUGAUCUUGCCAAGCAGUUAGGUGUUGGAAGUGGAAAUCUGCGGUUUGCUGAUGAAACAGCCAUGCUAGAAAAACUGAAAGUUGGCCAAGGCUGUGCCACACCGUUGGCACUCUUCUGUGAUGAUGGAGAUGUGAAAUUUGUUCUGGAUUCUGCUUUUUUGGAAGGUGGACAUGAAAAGGUGUACUUUCAUCCAAUGACCAAUGCUGCAACCAUGGGAUUGAGCCCUGAAGACUUUCUCACAUUUGUGAAGAAGACAGGACACGAUCCCAUAAGACUAAAUUUUGAUAAAAACUAAUUGGGCUAAUGUUUAGAAUACAUUUAUUUCUGAAAGCUGUUUUUCUUACUUGUAAUUAUAAAAAGCAUUAAAAGUGGUAAGAUAUAUGUAGCACCUUGGUUUGGUGACUACCUAAACUACUUAAGGAGCUAUUUAACUAUUUCAUCUUAAAGGAGCUGUUUUUAAAAAGAUAUAUUGAGGUAGUUUUAGUCAGCUCAGAGAUUCCACCCUCCCCUUCCCCCAUGACAAUUACUUGUUACAGGAAUGCCUUCAACAAUUAAGGAUGAAUUAACAUAGGGAGUUCCCUGGUAGCCUAGUGGUUGGGAUUCCAGGCUUUCACUGGCCCAGGAGCAAUCCCUGGUCAGGGGAACUGAGAUCCUGCAAGCUGUGUGGCAGCCUAAAUUAAUUAAUUAAUUAACAUCAAAACUAAGAUUAGUUAACUAUCUGAGACUAACUAUAUUACAUCUUCUGUAAGGUGUUUAUUAUACUUGAAAAAAGCAAGCUGCAAAAACAGCAUAUAUAAAAUUAUACAUAUGACAGUGUACAUACAGGGGAAAAAGAGGAAUAUGGGAAUAUAUUCAACUGUUAAUAGUGGUUAUCUUUGGGGAAUGAGGAUUAAGGAAUAAGAAUUCCACAGCAAUAUAAUUAAACAUGGGGGCAAGGGCAAAACCUUCCUAUUACUGGGUGUUUGUUUUUAAACCAAUGCUUUUUUCUUCAGUGAAAAGCUAAUUUUUAAAUAAAAUUCUAUCUUUAGAAAAUUUUAAUCUAGAAAAAGUAGGGAUGGAAAAUGUUAUGUCAUAAUCAUUAUACUAAUGAAAUUAUAUUUUAAAACUCAGGAGCAGAAUAUACAUAGGCCAUUAAGAAGGAUUUGCUUAGUCUUCGGAGGUUACAAAAUGUGAACAUGCUUGAACAAGGUUCCUCUGUUCUCUAGGCUAUAUUAAAUUUUACUCAUUCCCUUUCAACUGUGGCAUCUAAAGCAGUAUAAGAACCCAGGAUUAUGUAUUGUCAGUUGUCACAUAGAAGCUAGUUCAAAAACAGAGGAAAAUUGAUGUACUUUUCCACCUCACUUAGAUUCAAACAAAUCCCCAGUUGAGGGUCUGACUAGACUAGGCUACAAAAUAGCCUAGAGGUCUUAGGAAAAUUCUCGCUUCCUCUACAGUACAAUCAAGUGGGAUACUUGAGAGAUAAUCAUAUUUUCCUAAGGUUGAACACUCAAAUAAUUUGCUUCUGGUAGAGAAACUGUACUUAAUUUGUACCAAUUUGCAUUACUGAAAGGCAAAAGUAAAAACUUGACAUUUUUGGAUAUAUGUGGUUAGAAACUACAAGUCUACGCAAGGCAGAAUUUUUAUAAAAUACAGAAUGGAUUUAAGAGAUGAGUUAGUAAAUAUUUUCCAUAAAUGAUAACCUUAUUUCUGAGGUGCUAUGUUAUCUUUUGCCUACUCUGUACCAUAUCUCUAAGAAAGAGGAAAUUUUAGGUUGCUUUGCAUAUAAAAUUAACGAAUAGAAGCAAAGACACCAAGGACCUUAGAUAACUAGUCUAACUGUCCUCCCCACCUUAUGGUGAAAACAGGCCCAGCAAGACUGACCUGGCCAAGGACACAAGGCAGGUUGCCAUCCCUAACAUUACGCCUCCCAAAGUCUAGAUGUGAAAAUAAAAGAGACCGAUUUGUACAAUCUGUUAUUGUAUUUAAACCUAUUUUGAGGUUGACAAAACUGAUAGACUCUCAGUUCUCUCCCAAAACCUCCAAUACUCAUCCCAAAGUGACUAGGACAGAAUCGUCUAAACAAGGUUAUAUGUUAUGAAACACAUAAAAUAGGUUUUCUAGGGCAAAGGGAAAGGAAAGAAUAAUACUUGGCUAAAUUAUGUGUUAUGAUUGCUGACCACUUGUUAUAAAAAUCACCUCUUUUUAUAUUAAUUUAAAAUUCACUUCUUGUUAUAUCAGUUUAACAAGUGAAUGUUAAACCAACUUAAUUUUUUUAGAAGAAAUAAAGUUAAAAACUAAAAUGAAAAAUAAUGAAUGUUUUUUAAAAAAGACAAAUCGGCCAAAUGAUGGUAUCUAUUUUGUUAUAAACUGGAUUUUUUGUUAUGAACUGUGGCUUAUAUUAAGUAUAGCCAAGUAAUAAACAUUUUGCCAUUCAACUCCAAAUUUCUCAGUAGCAUUACUUUUAAAGGAAAUGGUACAUCUUUUAUAUUAUUGGAUUUGAUAUUUAAUAACAGUUACAAGUACAAUGGCAAACACUGAAAGAGAGAACCCUUAGUAGAAAAGAAAAAGACAAUUUGAAAUCACGUUUUGUUAAAGGGUGUUGUAAGUGCAAUUUUAUCCAUAAGCAUUCCUUUUAAGGCAUUUUCAUUGUCCAAAUAUCUCAACAUGUACAUCAAGGUUUAUAUUAUAAAAUGGGCUCCUUUUGUAUUAUUCAUUCAAGGCUUAAAGAAAAAAAUACAUCUCAGGACUAAGUGUAGCAGAAAAGAAAACACAAAAAUUCACUUUUCUCAUAAAAAGUAACUUAAAAUACAAAAGUCAUUUAGCAUACAUUAUUACUCCUCAUUGUAAUUCCAGAUUUGGUACAAUAUCUUUUUCACUUCCUGACAUAAAAUUUUAAGACAGUGCAGGCUGUAAUACUUCAUUUGUGAGGUGACUGCAAUUCUGUAACAUGCACAGUGAUUUUUAAAUAGGCUUUUACCAUGCCUUGCAUGAAAGGUGCUACAUACAAACCUGUUUUGUGUACUCUUUGGUAACCACCAGUUCAAAAACUUGGACCGAACAUUUCCAUAUUGCCAGAUCUGAAGCACUUUAUUGGAGCUCUGGGCCGAAGCUAUUACCCUGUAUAUAAAUUCUUUAGUUUCCGAGAGGGUUUGGGUAUUGAUUUAGAAUAGAGCCAGAUCAUUAAAAGCAUGUCAGGCCCCAGUCUGGAAAGUGGCCCCAGUUAGUUUCUAGUUGGCUACACUAUUUUGUUUGGCAGAAGUAGUUUAUCUAAGGGAAAAGCCUGACUUCAUACUAAGUUUGCUUCUGAUGGUAUCUUUUGGAGACGGUAAAAUAUUCAUGUGGUUAUCUAAUCCUUUCUUGAAAUGGUAUGAAAAAGGUGAUUAAUACAGUUGAGAAUAUUCCACUUUUGCAGUCUCAAGUAUUCUCUUGGUUGUCUUGCUGCAUUUUCUCAGGGUCAG